AGGUGUUCGGCUCGUCUCUCCUUAACACUGAGAUCCGCGGCCUUCUUGGGACACCACAAGAAUCAGAGUGCAAGAGGAAUGGAAAGGGCGAGCCAGCCGGCCCCAGCAGGCAGGAGCAGAGGCCUUGCAGCUAGGCUGUUGGUCCGUGGGGAAGCAAGCCGAAGCCCUGGGCCCCAGCAGUGGGCACUGAAAGGCGCCAGCUGCCCCGUCUCCCGCUAGCGGAAGAACCUCGCGCACGCGCAGUGAAAACCCAGGGCCCGCGAAGCGUCAGAAGCCUGUUCCCACCGCCCGGCUUCGCCUCCAGUCCUCGGGGGACUGUACGGCCCAGUCACUCCCGCCUAGUCACCGCCGCCAGGUUUUCUCCGCCCUCUCCGGCCGGGGUUGGUCGCGACUGCGCACGCAGGGCCUGAGCGGGCGCCGGAGGGAAGGGGAAGCGGCGGGGUAGUAACAGAUUAUGGGCAACAGUCCUUUUAAUUAAUCUACCGUCAUCAUGGCUAAUGAGGGCUGUCCCAAGGCUGCUGAUAGUCCUUUUUCAUCAGAUAAACAUGCCCAACUCAUCUUGGCCCAAAUCAAUAAGAUGAGAAAUGGACAGCAUUUCUGUGAUGUGCAGCUGCAAGUUGGACAGGAAAGUUUUAAAGCUCAUCGGCUGGUUUUGGCUGCCAGCAGUCCUUACUUUGCAGCUUUGUUCACUGGAGGAAUGAAAGAGUCCUCAAAAGAUGUUGUACCGAUUCUAGGAAUUGAAGCAGGAAUCUUUCAGAUACUUCUAGAUUUCAUUUACACAGGUAUAGUGAACAUAGGUGUGAAUAAUGUCCAGGAGUUGAUUAUUGCAGCAGACAUGCUACAGUUGACUGAAGUUGUUCAUCUUUGCUGUGAAUUUCUGAAAGGACAAAUUGAUCCACUGAACUGCAUUGGAAUUUUUCAGUUCUCUGAGCAAAUUGCCUGCCAUGAUCUCUUGGAAUUCUCAGAAAACUACAUUCAUGUCCAUUUCUUAGAGGUUCAUAGUGGAGAAGAGUUCCUGGCACUUACGAAAGAUCAGCUGAUCAAAAUUUUGCGAAGUGAAGAGCUUAGCAUUGAGGAUGAAUACCAAGUCUUCUUAGCUGCAAUGCAAUGGAUUCUGAAAGAUUUGGGAAAAAGAAGAAAACAUGUGGUGGAAGUGCUAGACCCAAUUCGAUUCCCUUUAUUACCUCCUCAGAGACUUUUAAAGUAUAUAGAAGGAGUAUCCGAUUUUAAUCUUCGUGUUGCAUUACAAACACUUCUGAAAGAGUACUGUGAAGUAUGCAAAUCUCCCAAAGAGAACAAGUUUUGUAGUUUUCUGCAGACAUCUAAGGUUCGACCUCGGAAGAAAGCAAGAAAGUACCUGUAUGCAGUAGGUGGAUAUACUCGGUUGCAGGGGGGUCGCUGGAGUGAUAGCAGAGCCCUCAGCUGUGUAGAACGUUUUGACACCUUUAGCCAGUACUGGACCACUGUGUCUUCACUUCAUCAGGCUCGAAGUGGGCUGGGAGUAACAGUUCUGGGAGGGAUGGUCUACGCUAUUGGAGGUGAAAAGGAUUCAAUGAUUUUUGAUUGUACUGAAUGCUAUGAUCCAGUUACUAAACAGUGGACAACUGUAGCUUCGAUGAAUCAUCCCCGCUGUGGCUUAGGAGUGUGUGUGUGUUAUGGGGCUAUCUAUGCUUUGGGUGGAUGGGUUGGAGCUGAGAUAGGGAACACCAUUGAACGAUUUGAUCCUGAUGAAAAUAAAUGGGAAGUAGUUGGUAACAUGGCUGUGUCACGCUACUACUUUGGGUGCUGUGAAAUGCAAGGUUUAAUUUAUGUAAUUGGGGGCAUCAGCAAUGAAGGAAUAGAACUUCGUUCUUUUGAAGUCUAUGAUCCACUUUCUAAGCGUUGGUCUCCACUUCCUCCAAUGGGAACCAGGAGAGCAUAUCUUGGCGUGGCUGCACUCAAUGACUGCAUCUAUUCUAUUGGAGGAUGGAAUGAGACCCAAGAUGCUCUUCAUACUGUAGAAAAAUAUUCCUUUGAAGAGGAAAAGUGGGUUGAAGUUGCCUCAAUGAAAGUGCCUAGAGCAGGCAUGUGUGUUGUGGCAGUCAAUGGUCUUCUGUAUGUUUCUGGAGGUCGAUCUUCCAGCCAUGAUUUUUUGGCUCCAGGUACCUUGGACUCAGUUGAAGUUUAUAACCCUCAUUCAGAUACAUGGACAGAAAUUGGUAACAUGAUCACCAGUCGUUGUGAAGGGGGCGUUGCUGUGCUAUGAAAUAUAAAGCAUAACAGAGCACAAGGAACAUUUUGAAAAUGCAGGACCUGACCUUUUGCAAAGCAAACAUACAUUUGGUGAUAAGACCCUCUGAUUCUAUGAGUUUUCCAUGUAUUUGGUAGAUAAAUGACUAACGAGGCUGGGCGCAGUGGCCUCAUGCCUAUAAUCCCAGCACUUUGGAAGGCUGAGGCAGAAGGAUCACUUGAGCCCAGGAAUUUGAGGUUGUAGUAGGCUACGAUCAUGCCACUGCACUCCACUCUGGGCAACAGAAUGAGAUCCUGUCUCUUAAAGAAAAAAAAUAAACUCAAGAGUGAUUUUUCGAAAUAUAUGAGUGAGAAUGGAUAUGGAAUAUAUCCCAAUUAAUAAAGAGCUCACACAGAUUUGCCAGGCUUACUAAUAAUAGAAAUGCCAUUUAUGCUGUAGAAUUCUCCAGUUUAAGUGUAGACAAGUCCUAUUUUACAACUUUGUAGAAAUUAUUUACUAGAAGCUUCCUAGCAAAUAGUCCCUUUAGCUACUUCUCCAGUGCAGUAUAAAUUGUAACAUAAACUUUACGUGAUAUAGGAAUAGUGUCAAUGACACAGUUUAGAGAUCUCUAUAUUCACAAUUAUAUCCAGAGCAUAAUUUUCCAUGGCCAUAGUUUGAGCCACAGAGAAAAGCCAAUGAAAUAGAUUCCUACUUUUAUUUAAUGCCAAGAGUUUUCACUAGCCCCGAACUUUUUAUUGGCAGCAGAUAUCCUAGGAGGGGUGUUUGGGAAAUAUCUAGCUAUUUUUAUAGAUAGAUACCUUUUUGCUUGAUGAUAAGUUUUUGCUUGCUCAUAUUUUUUGUCUUGAUCCUGAAAAUGCAAGUAAGGAAUUAAUAGGAGGUUCUUAGUGACCGGAUGUUGUAAUGGGCUAUACAGUCCAGCAGGCAGUAUGCACCUAGAAAUUUCUCCCUUUUUUAGGCUGGGCAUGGUGGCUCACACCUGUAAUCCCAGCACUUUGAGAGGCCGAGGUGAGGUGGGAAGAUGGCUUGAACUCAGGAGUUCGAGACUAGCCUGGGCAACAUGACGAGACUCCGUCUCUACCAAAAAAAAAUAUAAAAAUUAGCUGGGCGUGGUGGCUUGUACCUGUGGUCCCAUCUGCUUGGGAGGCUGAGGUUGCAGGAUCACUUGAGCCCAGGAGGUCAAGGCUGCAGUGAGCCAACAUUGUGCCACUGCACACCGGCCUGGGUGACAGCAUGAGAAUCUGUCUCAAAAAAAAAAAAAGAAGAAAUUUCUUCCUUUUUUGCUAGAUUGUUGUCACCAAAAUUAUGUUUGGCUUUAGGAAGAUGGAAUUUUAUUAGAUUAUCAAGCUUUGUAAAAUUUAUUUGUACUUGGGCAAACCUAAGUAAGAGCAUACUGCAAAGCUACUGCUUGGAUGUAGAGGGCUAAAUUGUAGGUACUUCUGAACAACUUUUUAUAGAUACUGACUCAUAAGUGUAAUUUGAAAGUACCCCUUGACCCAAACAAAACUCUUCUCAAAACUUCUCAUUUUCUCCCUAAGAAGCAUUCUAAAGAAUUGUUCUCUGUUCAUUUCUAAGAGAAAGAUUCACUGGCUGUAUGAUGGGGUUACUUUUAAGUUAUUUCUACUGGCCAGUUGGAGCAAUAUAUAUUAAAGGUCUUGCAUACAGUAAACUUUUUUUUUUUUGGAGAUGGAAUUUUGCUCUUGUUGCCCAGGCUGGAGUGCAAAGGCGUGAUCUCGGCUCACUGCAACCUCCACCUCCCGGGUUCAAGCAAUUCUUCUGCCUCAGCCUCCCAAGUAGCUGGGAUUACAGGCGCCCACCACCAUGCCCAGCUAAUUUUUUUGUACGGGGUUUCACCAUGUUGGCCAGGCUGGUCUCAAACUCCUGACCUCAGGUGAUCCACCUGCCUUGGCCUCCCAAAGUGCUGGGAUUACAGGCAUGGGCCACCGUGCCUGGCUGCAUAUAAUAAAAUUUAACUAGUUGACUUAAGGAUUUGAUUUCCCAUUUCUUCUUCUUUUUUUUUUUUUUUUUUUUUUUUGAGAUGGAGUCUUGCCCUGUCACCCAGGCUGGAGUGCAAUGGUGCGAUCUCAGCUCACUGCAACCUCUGCCUCCCUGAUUCAAACGAUUCUUCCACCUCAGCCUCCCGAGUAGCUGGGAUUACAGACGUGAGCCACCAUGUCCGGCUAAUUUUUUGUAUCUUUAGUAGAGACGGAGUUUCACCAUGUUGGCCAGGCUGGUGUUAAACUCCUGACCUUGUGAUCUGCCCACCUUGGCCUCCCAAAGUGCUGGGACUAUAGGCGUGAGCCACCGCGCUCUGCUGAUUUCCUAUUUCUUUGCUAAGGUCCUUAUUUAGCAAAGAACUUAUUUAGAUAGAAAACUUUUAAUUGCAUUAAUGAAUCAGGUAGCACUCAUAUCCAAAUUAUUUGGUUUAGGCCGGGCACCGUGGCUUAUGCCUGUAAUCCUAGCACUUUGGGAGACUGAGGUGGGCAGAUCACUUGAGGUCAGGAGUUCAAGACCAGUCUUGCCAACAUGGUGAAACCCUGUCUCUACUAAAAAUACAAAAAAUUGGCAGCAGGUGGUGGUGCACGCCUGUAAUCUCAGCUGCUGAGGAGGCUGAGGCAGGAGAAUCACUUGAAUCCAGGAGGUGGAGGUUGUAGUGAGCUGAGAUCAUACCACUGUGCUCUAGCCUGGGCCAUAGAGCAAGAUUUUGUCUCAAAAAAAAGUAAAAUAAAAUAAAAAAUAUUUUGUUUAGUCUACAAGUAUACCUUCCUUAUAACUUAACCAUAUGCAUUUAUAAGGAAAAGUUUAUGUAAUGCAGACAGGAAGCUCUAUGUUCCCUUUUCUGGGGCAUCCUGAACGUCUGAAGGGUGACAGAUGUCUGUGUAGAGAUCUGUAAGAUGUCAAAGAAUAAAGUAUAAAGAUAAUUUAUAGACUAAGCUGUAACUCAUGUGCCUUUACUAUUUCUAGUUACAGAGAAUCUGUAUUCUGAUUCAAAACAGAUUUACAAAAUACUUCUACAAUUAAUUUCUCAUUAUUGUCUAGCAGCAACUGAAAAUGACACUAUGAAGGGGCGUGCUUUGCACAGCUGUGGCAGAAAUGUAAUGUCAAGGCAGUCAGUGUUUAACAGGUCCCGAAGAUCCCUGAAAAUAGGUAACUGUAAAUAUACUUAUUAUUCCUAGGUAAUAACAAGAUUGGUUUUGUUUUUGUUCUUGUUUUUGUUUUGAGAUGGAGUUUCGCUCUUGUUGCCCAGACUGGAGUGCAAUAGCAUGAUCUUGGCUCACCGCAACCUUUGCCUCCCAGGUUCAAGCGAUUCUCCCGCCUCAGUUUCCUGAGUAGCUGGGAUUGCAGGCAUGAACCACGAGGCCCAGCUACUUUUGUAUUUUUCAUAGAGACGGAGUUUCUCCAUCUUGGUCACGCUGGUCUCGAACUCCCGACCUCAGGUGAUCUGCCUGCUUUGGCCUCCCAAAGUGCUGGGAUUACAGGCGUCAGCCACCUCGCCAGGCUAACAAGAUUGUUUUUAAAAGAAUGUACUAAUAAAGUAUCCAGUUUUUUUGUUUCUUUGUAUUACUUUAUCAGUGGCAUUCUGGGUUACCAAACUGUAGUAGGAUUGCACAAGUUUUUUAGUUGGUUUUAACUUUAGGGACUUGCACGUUUCAUUUUACAUUUAAUUCUGUUUUUUGAGAAAUGAUUAAAGUGAUCUACCUCCAAAAUGUUUAACAACCCGAUAUGCUUCUAAGUAUCCUGCCAAUGUACUUAAUCAAAUGUACUUAAAAAUCAGUUUUCUUAAAGAAGUAUACACUGUAAUUCACCUGGAAAAAUAGCAUUUUUAAGUAAAAUUAGGCAAUUAGCCUAAAAAUAUGAUUUGCCUCUAUUCUGGAAAAUAAUUCAUUUAAUUCAGAUUAUGGAAAAGUCUUAAGUUUGUAUAGCAUUCAUGCAAUUUAAUAACAAAGAAGUGAGUUUCCUUAUCAAAACAAUCUGAGUAGAAUCAGAUUGAGACUGAGUGGAAACAACAUCUCUAAAAAAUAUACAGGCCGGGCACAGUGGCUCAUGUCUGUAAUCCCAGCAUUUUGGGAGGCCGAGGUGGAUGGAUCACCUGAAGUUGGGAGUUUGAGACCAGCCUGACCAACAUGGAUAAACCCCGUGUCUACUAAAAAUACAAAAUUAGCUGGGCAUGGUGGCGCAUGCCUGUAAUCCCCGGUACUCGGGAGGCUGAGGCAGGAGAGUCGCUUCAACCCAGGAGGCGGAGGUUGCGGUGAGCCGAGAUAGCACCAUUGCACUCCAGCCUGGGCAACAAGAGUGAAACUCCAUCUAAAAAAAAAAAAAAAAAAAAAAAUUCCAGGUUAUACUAUAUCCUGACCUAUAUUCUUAUACCAUUUUAAAUGUUUUUCCUUUUUGGUGAGACUAGGAAUUUCAGAAAACUAGGUUUUCUGUUAAUUCUUUUUUUCUCCACCUUAAGUAGAGUGAUUAGAGACUAGGUUUUCAAGUGAAAAUCUAAGGUGUUGCUUUUGCUGUUUUAAGAAAGCUUCUGCACUGGGUGCAGUGGCUCACGCCUGCAAUCCUAACACUUUGGGAGCCUAGGCAGGAGGAUUGCUUGAGCUCAGUUCAAGACCAGCCUGGGCAACAUAGGGAGACCCUGUCUCUACAAAAAAUUAAAAAAUUAGCUUGGCAUAGUGGUGCACAACUGUAGUCCCAGCUACUCAGGAGGCUGAGGUGGGAGAAUUGCUUGAGCCCAAGAGGUCAAGGCUGCAGUGAGCCAUGACCACACCACUACACUCCGGCCUGAGCGACAGAGUGAGACCCUGCGUUUAAACAAAACAAAAAUAAAAAUACACCAAAGCUAAAAGCUUCUCUGUGAUUUAAAAGAUGUAGAACUAGACCAGCCUGUCCAACAUGGUGAAAUGCCACCUCUACUAAAAACACACACCAAAAAAUUAGUUGGGCAUGGUGGCACGUGCCUGUAAUCCCAGCUACUCUAGAGAUGCUGAGGCAGGAGAAUCGCUUGAACUCGGGAGGUGGAGGUUGUGGUGAGCCAAGAUCGUGCCACUGCACUCCAGCCUGGGCGACAGAAUGAAACUCCAUCUCAGAAAAAAAAAAGAUGUAGAACUAGAUAGGCCUGCUCAUUAGAAUAUCAAGAUGGCUCCAGCUUGACUUUUCUUUCCUAAUUUAUAUGUACUAGUGGCUUUAUUUUAAAGUUUCCUUUGAAAAUAAUCAUUUUGACCAGCUAUUAUGUGUUUGGUGGUAAGGGACAAGUUGUUAUCUGUACCAUGCCAAAUAUCCUAAUAAAAACUGGAAGACAUGUCCGAUGUA